GUAAGCUGGAGCAUGCCAAGUUCAGAGCAGACCACCGAGCUCUGUGCAACAAGACGGACCUUGGAAACAAAAGAGAGGGAGAAGGAGGCUUCUUUUGUGCAAAAUGCUCACUUUCUCCUUUAACACUUAGGUGUAACAGCAGGGUGCCGCAGCAGUGACCCACUACCCUCUUUGUUACUAUUCUCCUGGACAAUAGAGCAGAAAGAUUCUUUACAUCUUUGCAAAGUGCAGCCACAGCGGAAUCAUUAGCUACCAUAACGACAUGGGAGAACAAGCCUCAAACACUUUGUAAGAUGUUUCCUCAUCACAGAGAAAGAGAGCAGCCCAUCUUCAGCACUCGGGCUCAUGUCUUCCAGAUCGACCCGGCCACCAAGAGGAACUGGAUCCCUGCGAGCAAGCAUGCCGUCACGGUGUCCUUCUUCUAUGACUCCAACCGCAACGUCUACCGCAUCAUCAGCGUGGGCGGCACCAAGGCAAUUAUCAACUGUAUCGUUACCCCCAGUAUGACAUUUACUAAGACGUCCCAGAAGUUCGGUCAGUGGGCCGACAGCAGGGCCAACACUGUCUACGGUCUGGGUUUUGCUACAGAGCAACAGCUACACCAGUUUUCAGAGAAGUUCAAAGAGGUGAAGGAUGCAGCUCGUCUGGCGAGAGAAAAGUCACAAGAUAAAGAACUGGUCAACACAGCCCUCAGCAUCGCUGCACCUCAGGACCUCUCCGAUGACCUCCAGUCUCCUCCAGUCAUGUGUGUGAACGGGCCAGAGGACAAGCUGUUCCGCAGUCAAAGUGCCGACAUCACACUGUCGUCUGAGAAGGAGCGCAUCAAGAAGAUGCUGUCUGAGGGGUCUAUCUGCGAGAUGAACCUAGAGGCGGAGCUCUUCACGCUGCAGGACAGCAACUCCAAGUUAGUGGCGGCGUUGCACGAGGCCAACGCGAACGUGGAGCAGUGGAAGAAACAGCUGGUAGCGUAUCAGGAGGAGACAGAAAGGCUCAGAGAACAGGUGGCUGACCUUGAGGCCCAUGGGGGUCACGGCCCCAGUGACCUGCUGAAGGAUGAACUGACUCAGUCCCUGGAGGAGCUGGAGGCUCUUUUAAAGGCCAAAGACGAGGAAAUUCACAUUUUGCAAAGCAAAAAGUCAGAAUACCACGACAUGGAGCGUGAGAGAGAUCAGGCUAUACACAGAUUACGGGAAGUGGAGAUGCGUAAUUCCGAGUUGGAGCGACGCAUCCAGAACACGGAGCAAAACUUGGGCAACUCUCUGGAGGAACGAGAUCGCUUGGACACUGAGCUUCAGAGGGCCAUCGAAAUUCUAGACAUCAAGAUCUUUGAUCUCAAUGACCUCCGCCAGAGCCUCGUGAAGCUCAUCGAUAAAUAAUGCGUCAGAACGCAGGAGGAGGAGUACGAAAAUGAAAAACAUGACGGUGGAGCUGGACAAGAACCAUCUUGUCCGCAGGACUCACGGUAUAGAUGUUGGCCUACGUGGUUGUACUUGUCUGAUGUAGCGCUUCACGUUGCUUACAUGGGAAACAAUGCAAUAACUUCAAGGUAACUGCUUACAAGUGCAAGCUACAUACUUAGGACAACCGGUGCUUGUAGUUUUACAUGUAGUACAACUUUAGGAUUUGAAAAAACUGCAUACUCAUUGUUAUUUUGACUGAUAAGAGGCCUUGUUUUACGGUAUUUCUUGGUGGUGGUGUCACAUACGCAGUCUAAAUGAGACAUGACGAACUGCCUUGUCAACACAAGCACACAGGACUAUUACUGCAUUGCUUCAUGCAUUACAUUACCGCAAUAAGACAAAUGAUCAUCAAAAGAGGGGGGGGAAAAAGGCUCUUGGUGAGGCACGGAUGCACAUGUGUGAAUGAUGACACCAAAGAUCAACAUUUUGAGAGUCACUGAUACGGUCUUUCAGCAGCCUGUAUGCCUCUUUAGCGCUAGAACUCACAUUAAGGUAAAUGCUAAGCCCAGAUAAGAGCAAUUAAGUGUUCUCCAAAUGAAGUUAUCAAUAAGGCAUAGUGCAGCUUAAGUUUAACUGAUUAUUAGAAACAUACCUAUUAAAAGCGCCCGCCACAUCUUCUUAGACCUCAGCUGAGACGCUUUCAAGGACUUUAGGGAUACUUCAGGCCUUGUCGUCUUCUGCGUGUUACCUCCAUCGGUGGACAGGGUGACAUGUCUUGGGUCAACAGUGCAUCUAUUGAAGAGCAGAUUGUCAGAGUGUUUCUAAUAAAC